AUGGCUUUCGCGCCGACGGAGCUCCGCCCUUUCCUGGUACCAUUCGAUUCUACAUGCACUAGGGCGACGUUGCCUUCGUCUUGUGGCACCGAGGAAGACUUCUUUAGAGUCGUUCGUGACUCCUCUUUUCACUCCUCUACCUCUUCUCCAGCCAUCAUUGAAAUCUUUGCCUGUGCUAAUAUCCAACCGAGAUUAUCUUGCAUGCCAGAGGCGGCCGGCUGGUCGAACCAUGACCAAUUUGAUGUCGGCGACUGGUCAGAUCAUCAUCCGCGGACUGAAAUCCGAGAACCUACUCAACAAGCCAAGAAUAAGAAUGGCAAGAACAAGAACGACAAGAAUUCUUCAGUCGAGACCAGGUAUGAAGGCUUCUAUCUGGAAAGGGCAGAGCCACUAGCUGGUGAGCGACCAAGCUGGGCACGAGUCGGUCGGCGCACAAUGCCUUUUGAUGAUGCUAAGCUUGCCGAGAUCUCACGCAAGCACAGAGUGUACAGGAACAUUGGCCCAGCGAAAGCAUUCUCUGCUUUGAGUUCCUCGCAGCAAGGUGUCGUUGGAAGACUCAUAGCCGACCGCCAGGCAAAUGAGAAGAACAAGGAUGCGGAAUGGGUGCUGGAAUAUGUCAAGCCAACCAUCGAAAAGGAUUACUGGAAGCGCGUGACGAGGUGUACCAAGAUUGCAGUCAUCAUCAGACGUCAGCAGAGGAAUGGUUCUUCGAAAGACGCUCAGGGUUAUGCAAAAGGUACCACGACAUAUGCAGCCGGCGAAAUCAUCGACCUCGCCGAUCCUCUUCCCCAAAAGAGAGAAGAGAAAGGCGACAAGAAGGCAAAGAAGCACAGUAAACAGCAAGAUAUCCAUGACAUCGACGAUAUUGGUCCUAUGUCAGACCCGUUUGCUUCGCUGGGGCGCGAUCACAUCAUUGAUGUUCCUCCUAAUAUGCCCGGUCAAGGAGGACACCAUGGAAAUCAGCAACACCCACCUAUGCAAGCGUUUGGACCACCUCCAGGCGCCAUACCGGUGGAUGCUCCAUUUCCGCCUCCAAUAUUUCCUCACGAACAGCACCCACGUCCUCACUCGGGUCAUGGAGCUAAUCCAUUUCAACCGCAUCGAGAAUUCGAUACACCUGAUCUUUAUGAGGAGCACCGCGGCGGCUUUGGACCUGACUUUGGUCGCAACCCUCGCCUGCAGGCUCGCACGCCAGUACACAUAGAGGAUGAGGGCCGCCGCUCACGCUCAAGGGCUCGUUCGGCCUCGCGACGUCGCGAUGAAGACUUCCGACGCCAGCAACAAUUGGAGCGAGAGAUCGAGGACCAGCGCGAGGAAGACAGACAGCAACGUGAAGAGGAUCGCCGCCAGCAACGCGCUAAUCAACGCCGUAUUGAGACCAAGAUGGACGAGCUCGGGGCCAGAUUUGAAGAUCUCGAAGUCCAGAAUACUCACAACAAAGUCAAUGCUUGGCACAACCGUGACUCUUCCAGUGAAGAAUCAUAUCGCGAAAGACGCGACCGAAGAGACUUCUGGGGAGACGACGACACAAGAGCUUCGUUCACUCCACCUUCGAGCCCCGGACGCAGCGAGAUCUAUCCCAGCGGUAGUCUUGGCGGGAGACGACCGAUCAAGGAGUACCGCGACAUCAGAGGCUAUCCGCAGGAGCGUCGCCGCUCUGCUGGGUAUCGGGAUACACAAACAUUUAUCGAGCCCCACCGGAAUCGCAGGAACAACAUUGACUUGCCACCAAGAGCUCCUUCUCCAGGCCGAUACAUGCGACGACCUCCUUUGAUUCAUGCUGCGACUUUUGAUGACUACCCUCGCGAGCCUGUUGCGCAGCGUUUAUUACCAGAGUUUGAGAACCAGGAGUUUCCUCGAGCGCAAUUCGGAGGUGGGAGGGAUAGAGAUAGGCGCAGAGGUGAUCGCGUGUAUGACAGAGUGACUAGAAGAAAUACUGUCGACUACAGUCGACCACGCCGGAAUGAUGAUGGAUUUGCGGAACGUGGUGGGAUGCGUCGUGAUCAAAUCUUUCGAUAG